CGCUGCCUCUUCUGGGCUGUCUGGGAUGCUGUUACAUUAAAUAACGUAUACCAUCACUGGUCGUCAUUUCACCUCAAAUAGUAUCAUGCCAACGUCUCAGUGAGCAUCUGUCUUGCUAGGAUUCCGGACCAAUGCAAGUCUUGCACACUACUGCAGCACCGUAAUCGAGUCGCUGCUCACGAAAUUUGGCCUGUUUUUGCCCCAGUUGCCAUUCCGCCGUCACGGUAUUUUCUACCCCAUGCUGAGCCCCCUUAUAGACCGCGCCCUGUUAUCGUCCUUAUCAGUGCUACAGGAGCAUACGGUCUCUCCGUUCCGGAUGUAGUAAAACUGCUCUGUCUUUCCCCCGGCCUUCUUUCCUUCGUACCAUCAGCGUCCAUCCAGAAUGUGGUACAAACCUUCAUACUGGGCACUGGCGCCGGCAGCGUCGUCGUUAGCCCCUCUUGGCAAAGAGAGAUGGAGUAACAAGGAUAUGGAUCCAGUUCCCCCGCAUUUACGAACCUGGUCAACCCGAAACUAUGUGGCUUAUUGGAUAUCAGACGCGACGAAUACAGCUGUUUGGGAGCUUGCAAGUUCCAUGCUGGCCGUCGGUCUAUCAUGGCGUCAAGCCCUUCCCGCCAUUGCUGUCGGCCAUGUCAUCAUAGCAAUUGUCACUGUAUUAAAUGGAACUAUCGGUGCACGCUUACAUAUUGCAUUUCCAGUAAUAAAUCGUUCAUCCUUUGGGUUCUGGUUCAGCUACUUUAGCGUAGUCAGUCGCGUCAUUCUUGCCAUGUUUUGGUACGGGAUACAGACUUACACCGGCUCCGAAUGUGUAUACCAAAUGUUGAAGGCCAUAUGGCCAGGGACUGCUCGUAUUCCCAAUCAUCUCCCUGAAGGCGCUAACAUGACGACAGUCGGAAUGAUGACCUACUUCCUGUACUGGCUUUUCCAAUUCCCUUUUAUGCUCGUGUCCCCACAAAAGAUUCGGCAUCUCUUCAUGGCUAAGGCUUUCAUUGUUCCAUGUGCGUGGCUCGCAAUUCUGAUUUGGGCAAUGGUCAAGGCACCACCGAGCGUAUCCCUGCAACCUAAACACGCAGAAGUCAGCGGCAGCGCUCUGAGUUGGGCAUGGCUGAGUGCCUUGAACAGUGCUCUUGGUAUCUAUGCAACUCUCGCAGUAAAUAUUAGCGAUUUUACGAGAUAUUCAACUACGGUACAAGCUCAAUAUGUGCAGCUUUUCAUCAUUCCUACCGUAUUCACUUUCAUCGGUUUCGUCGGCAUUGCGGUAACGUCCGCAGGAGAAGUUCUGUAUGGCGAAACCCUUUGGGAUCCUCUUAAACUCAUCGAUAAAUGGGAUAAUCGUGCCGCGGCAUUUUUUGCUUCCUUCAGUUUCUUUGUGGCGACUCUCGGCACCAACAUUUCGGCCAACAGUCUCAGCGCGGCUAAUGACAUGACUGUUCUCUUUCCGAGAUAUAUUAACAUUCGCAGAGGUCAAGUUAUCUGUGCUAUCCUGGGGGGUUGGGCGUUGUGUCCCUGGGAAAUCCUUGCCUCUGCGCCGGGUUUCUUGACGUUCAUGAAUGGAUAUACCGUGUUCCUUGGUCCUUUCGCUGGAAUAAUGGCUACAGACUACUGGUUCGUGCACAAAUGCAAAGUGGAUUUAAGAGCCAUGUACGAUCCACGCGGUCGAUAUCGCUACUGGAACGGGAUUAACUGGAGGGCUGUAGUCGCACUUCUAUGUGCUGUUCCACCCAGUUUCCCCGGCCUCAUAAACAGCGUCGAUGCAUCUAUCAAUCCUGGGAACGUUUCCCAUGUCUUUGAUAUCGCCUGGCUGUACGGGUUUUUUACAGCAUCGACUGUGUAUUGGACCCUCAGCAAGAUUUUCCCAGCAGUUGAAACUUUCGUGGAAGAGAAUCACGAGAAUUCGAAGGAGGCCUCUGCUACGGCAUCUUUGGAUGUCAAAAAUGGAGAUGAAAAAAUCGCGGUCAGCAGCGUAAGUCAUGUAUAA